AUGAAUACCAACCAACUGUAUGGACAACCAGGAUUUCAUUCAGCAGUUUCACCUCAAGAUAUUAAUCACCAAUCCAGGCAACACCACCAACAAUCACAAUCAGUUUCAAAUAUGCCAAAGUUAAAUUCUAUCAUACACCAGGCACCUCCAAAACCACCAGUUGAAGCUGACUACUCAAUUUCCAAUCGCUUAGCAAAUAUAGAUGUUGUUGAACAAAAGAUAACUGAACUAAUAAAAUACACAAAAAUAUGUUUGCAGGAGUUAUCAAGAGAUAAACAAAUAACAAAAAAUAAGAUGGAAGAGGCUUCACAAAAUUUUCGAAAAUGUUUAAAUUCUAUAGAUGUUGAUUUAUCACAACAAUUAGACUAUUUAUCUAAAGUUUGUGUUGGUGUUGAUCAUCAAGGAUCAACAUUUUCUAGUGAAGCUAAUAUUAGAAUUGCCAAACAAUCAGAAAUGUUAAUGGAAAAUGAGCUUAAAAAAGUUUAUGAAAAUUUUUUUGUUAAUUACAAAGAUGAUGAUCCUCUUUAA